AUGUUUGGAGAUACAUUUGACACAAUAGAAGAAUAAUUGAAUCCAACAAUUACAACCUAUUAAACAAGAAUGGCUAGAAAUUGUGCUGAUUAUAUGGAAUUACCAGAGCUUCCAAGAGUGAAACAUUUUGCAGGUCUAAAAAAUUAAGGUGCCACAUGUUACUUAAACAGUUUAAUACAAUCCUAUUAUAUGUGUCCUGAAUUUAGAAAAGUCAUUCUUUCACUACCAUUAUGCAAAGAUACAAUUGAGGAUUCUGCAAACUUGGCUUAAAAUGAAAGCAGAAACAGAUUCCUUUUGGAAUUUUAAAAGCUAUUUAUUCAAUUACAAAGUUUGUAAUCUAAAGCAACAUCAACAGAAGCCUUGACUUCUAGUUUUGGUUGGAAUGAUGGUUAAUAAAUGUGGUAACAAGAUGUAUCUGAUGCAAAUAAGUAAGAAAUUAAAUAAUUAUAUUUAAGAGUAUUAUUUGAGACACUUGAUCGAUCUUUAUAUGGGACUCCAUUUAUUAUUGCUCCAUUUUAUAAAGGAGUAGUAUUUCAUCACAUAACAUGUAUGAAUUGUAAUAAUUCUCAUGGAAAUGAAGAAAUAAUAUAUGAUUUAAAUAUUUAAGUGGAAGGCAAUAAAAAUUUAUCUGAAGGUUUAUUUAGUUACAUUAAUCCUUUUUUAUUGGAUGGAAACAAUUAAUAUUUUUGUGAUAUCUGUGGUUUUAAAGUAUUAUGAUUAUAAAAUAUUAAUAAUAGGUAGAUGCAUUGAAAGGAGAUAAGAUUAGAAAAUUACCACCAAUAUUGACUGUAACUUUGAAUAGAUAUACAUUUGAUUAUGAGAAGAUGCAAAGAGUGAAAUUAAAUGAUAGAUUUGAAUUUCCUUUAGAAAUGGAAAUGGGAGUAUAUUUAGAAAAUCCUGUGGAUAAUUUAAUCUAUGAAUUACAAGGAAUAAUAAUACAUAGAGGAAAUGCUCAUGGAGGACAUUAUUUAGCUUAUUUUAGAGAUCUUUUAGAUGAAGGAGAUUGGCUAAGUCAUAUUCCAGAAUAUUGGCAAGAGAAGGAAGAAUGUUAAUAAUAGAAGAAUAAAAAUACAGAUGAAAUUGACUAUGAUGAAGUGAAAUUACCAUUUGAGAUUAGUAAUCCUAAAGUAGCUCAAGGAUGGUAUGAUUUUAAUGAUAGUUCUGUUAUUCCAAUACCAGUUAAUAAGAUAUAAUAAUAAUAUUAGGGUUCUGAAAGUGCCUAUAUUCUGAUCUAUAGGGAUAGGAAUUUAGUAGCAUCCAAAUUGUCUAAUGAAGAGAUACCUAAAUAUCUAUUUGAUUAUGUGAAUAAAUUAAAUGAAAAAAUAGAAUAGGAUAGAUAGGCUUAUGAAGAAGCUAAAUAACAUAUUAUUAUAACAGUAGCAGAUGCUUCUGUUGUUGAUAUAUAAGAUCAUAAAUUACUUAAUGAAAAAUAUGAAAAGGUUACAUACAAAUUAAGAUUGUCUUCUACUGUAUAAUAAUUGUAUGAAUAAAUUAAUAAAGAUGAAUAUUGGUUAUUGGAAUUUUAAGAAAAUUAUUAAACAAAAUUAUUGCAUUUUACUAGAUAUUUGAAGAAUUUAGAGAGUACAUUAGAAGAAGAGAAAGUUGGUCAUGAAUCAACAUGGAUUUUAGUAAAGAAAGAAUAAGAUAUUCCUUAAGUGGGAUUAUAGAAAGUGCCUUAUAGACUUAAUUUUAUAAUUAAUAAGAAACCUUAGGCUUAUUUAUUAUAUACAUCUACUACAUUAUUGGAAUUAAAAUAAUUGGUAUUUGCUUUGUCUGGAAUACCUGAAAAUGAAUAAGAAUUGAGAAAUAUCUAGAAUUAGAAAAUAAUAUCUGAAUUGGCUGAAGAAACAUAAUUGGGAGAGAUGCAAUUAACUUUGGAGACUUAAAUCUUGGUUAAGAAGAAGACUUAAGUUUAGAAUGUUAAUAAAAACUAGAAGGAAUAAUAAAAUUAAUAAGUAGGUGAGGAUAUUGUUUCUAUUUUGGUUGAAUAAGAUGAUAAAGUUGGAGUUUCAAAAUUUUGUAAAGAUUCUUUUUUUAUAUUUAGAUGUGAAUAUUAAUUAGACUGUUUAAGAAUUGAUAGAGUUUAUCAAAGAAUAAUUUGGAUUGUUAGAUGCUCAUAGAUUAAGAAAUCUUAAUGGAAAGAUUUUAUUUUGUAAAACAGAUCUUGGAGUAUAAUUGAAGGAAUUUUAAGAUUUUAGAGAAGGGUAAUAUAUAAUUGUAAUAUUAUUUUAGUGGUGCAAGAUUAUAAAUAGAGAAGGGAGAAGUUCCUGAAAAUGGAAAGAUUUCAAUAGUGGUUUAAUAUAAGGAAUAGAAUUUAGAAAUACAUGUUGAUCCUAGAUAAGAUAAAAUUGAAUAGAUUAAAAAUGAAUCAUGUAAAUCUUUUAAUUUGGAUGCUGUUUAACAUAGAUUAUAUAAGGUGGAUUGGUUAUAAGUUCCUUCUGAAGGAUUGACUGAUGAAACUAAAACAGUUUCUUAAUGUUAUUUAAGAGAUAGAGAUUUACUUAUAUUAUGUGAAAAGACAGCAUAAAUUGAUUGUGAAUUAAUACGAUUUUAAUUGUAUUCAACAAAUACUGGAUAUCCUGAUGAUUGUGUAUUUUAAAAACAUGAAACAAUGAGAAAGGAUGCAACUUUAAAAGAUUUGAAAUAGAUGAUUAUUUCUACUUUUGGAUUGAAUAUUAAUAUUGAUCAAUUAAGAAUUAGAGAUAUAAAUAAAAAUAGAUUCUUUGGAUAAGUAUUUAGAAAAUUAGAAUAAACUUUACAGAAAUUUUAAUUCUCUACUAAUGAUAUUGUAUAUUAGGUUUUAAAUAAUCCAGAGACACUUCAAGAUGAUGAAAUGCUCUUAUUAAUAAAGGAAAGAGAUCCAAUUAAUAAAAUAUAUAUUAAACCAUAAGAAUUUAUUUUUAAAGUAUCUAAAACUCCAACUUUAUUGGAAUUGAAGGAUUAGAUUUAAAAAUUUAUAGGAAUUGAAUAAGGGAUUUAAUUGGAAUUGGCUAAAUUUGUAAUCUAUGAAUUUUAAUGGUUACAUUUAGAUUCAAAUAUUAUAGAGAAAUAAUUAUAAGGUAAAGGUAAAUAAGGUAAAUAAGGAAAUUAAAAUAAGAAAUAAGGUAAGAAUUAAUAAUAAUAAUAAUAAUAAUAAUAAUAAAAUCCUUGUUUAAAUUUAAGAAAAAAUCCUAUUAAUUUAGGUGAAGGAGGUAUUUUAUAAUAUAAAUUAUAUUAGAUUUUAUUGGAUAUAGAUUAGGUAAUCAUCCAAAUGAUGAUUUCUAAACAAAAGAAGAUAAUGAGGUAUUUAUAAACUUUAAUAAUGAUUAGCUUAGAGAGAGAAUGAUUGCUGCUCGCAAAAAUAAGCAUAAUGGUUUGGGAUCAAUAAAACGACAAUAGGAAUUAGGAUUUGCUGUAGAUAUUGAAUGA